CCCCAGCCGAGACCCCCAUACCUUCCCCUCACUCGAAAGCCAAACCCUCCUCUCCAGCUCUCCCCAGACCCCCACUUCCAUCCAUGAAGUCCUCCUCUCCCCCUCUACCCUCCCCACUAGUCCCUCUAGCUCCCAAGCCCGCCCCAGCUUCAUCUCCAACCCAAGCCACAGCCCCACGACCUAGCAUCAGUAUCCUGGAGAAACUGAUCAAAACUUGCCCGGUGUGGUUGCAGCUGGGUAUGGCCCAGGAGAGGACCACACUCAUGCUGAAGAAAGAAAUCCCUGGGAUAUUUUUAGUGCGUAAAAGCCACGACCAGAAAUCCAUGGUGCUGUCAGUAUGUGUAUCUGACAAGCAGGAGGAGCUUCAGGUCCAGGACAUUCUGAUUAAGGAGGAGAAGUCACUGAUGUACCUGGAAGGGUCUGUUCUGGUCUUUGACAACAUCUUCAAACUCAUGGCCUUCUACUGUGUCAGCCGGGAUAUUCUACCCUUCACCCUGAGGUUGCCUCAGGUCAUCGUCCAGGCAACCAAGUACGAAGACAUAGAGAUGAUAUCGACAUUAGGCUCAGAUUUCUGGGGUUCUCAGCUUCACAGCUCCUCAGAAAUGGUCAAACGUGAUGACCAGGGUCAGGGCCACAGCAGUUCAUCCUGUGAGAUCCAGCUGUCCACCGGGAAUAGUAAUGACCGUCUGUGGUACAUCAACCCCAUCUUCAUCGAGGAGUACUGCAGCAGCCUGGAGGCCUCCACCCUCGUCCCAGCUCCCAUCCACAGGAGCCAGAGUCUGAACAUCCCAGGCCCGGGGCAGGUGCAGGUACCCCCCAAGUUCAAACGGCCCCCACCCAGGCCCCCAAAUGUCCCAGAGGGCUUGAUUCUGUCACAGUCGGCUAAGCAGGGUGCCAGAGGGGAAAGUGUCUCCCCCAGGUCUCCACCCCCACCGCGAACAGUAAUAGUCAAGGCAGCAGGUCAGAAAGCGGAAGGAAACAGCAGCAAAUACACUGAGGAGGGAGAAGGAGCUGCUUCUCAACUCAUCUCGGAGAAAGAGGUGUCAGUUACUGUUACUGACUCAGUAGCAGCUACUCAGCCUCUACAGCCACUGUCACCGCACAGAGCAACAGCAGGACAGAAACACCCAGCACCCCGACCACCCCCACACAGGAUACCACUCGUACCCCUUCGGCGGAAACCCUCAGAGAACCGUCCCUCAAUCCCGGGACAGGAGGGCGGUGUUGGUCCAGUGCCUGUUGCUUCACUGGUCUGCAUCGAUGACACCACUAACAUGGCAGAGGAGAAGUUAGGAGUGGAAUCUCAUGCCGGUGAGACAGAGACACUGCAGAACAAAGGGACAUCAGGGGCUUCAAACAUUAGUGAGGUUGUUACCGUGGCUAUAGCCCCGCGGACGAAGAGGGCCUCACAUCCAGUCCCGCCUCCCAGGAAGAAGAAACCCUCUCAGUUCACUCCCACCACACCUCUCUCCCGAAACGUGAUAAGCGGAGGACUUCUGUCAAUCAAUUCAUCAUCGGAUACCCCCCAGAAUUCCAGCACCCCCUCGCCUGCCUCGAGGCCCACCUCCAUCCCAGUGGGGGAGGCCAGGGGGACAGAUGUGUCCUUGUACUCCCCUGAUGGGGAAGCUGUCUUCCCUGCCCUGGAACAUGACUCCUACUCUACCAGCAGUACAGAGGAGGAGGCUGACACUGUGGCCAGCGGGGCUGUAAGGACCGGUGGGACCAACAACACCAAGGUGUUGAUGAAGAGGACGCCUACCAUCAUGCUGGACCGAGCCAAGCUCCGCCUCUCCAGCGUGUUCACUAACUUCAUGAACACCGACCACAAGCUCCAGAAGAGAAUCCUAGAGCUGUUCAGGGAUGGGAGCUCCUACUUUGGCACCCUGGUGAAGGACUACAGGGUGUAUAUCCUGGAGACCAUGGGGAAGCACAGCUCCAGCACUGAGCUGCUGCAGGAGAUCAGGCAGAUGAUGACCCAGCUAAAGAGUUACCUCAUCCAGAGCACUGAGCUACAGAAUCUACUGGAGCCCAACAUCUACACAGAGGACAAAUUGGAGGUGAUUAUUGAGGCUGUCCUGUGUAAGGCUAUGCUGAAGCCUCUGAGGGAGGCUGUGUAUUCAGGCCUGAAAGACAUCCACGCCAGGGACGGCUGUCUGAAGAGACUGAGGGAGAACCAGAGUGUCGUCCUGGGUACCACCACCACAGAACUGGGGAUCACCACCAGCGUCCCAGAGAACCCUGUCAUGGAGAAGAUCCAGCUGAAGUUGAUGACCCUCCACCAGGAAUACUCCCCUCAGAAGAAGAUUGAUCUGCUCCUUAAGACCUGCAAGAUCAUCUAUGAGUCCAUGUCUAUAGGCUGUCCAUCAGGGAGAGCCUAUGGUGCAGAUGACUUCCUCCCGGUGCUGAUGUACGUCCUGGCCAGGAGCAACAUGGCCUUCCUGCUACUGGAUGUAGAGUAUAUGAUGGAGCUGAUGGACCCUGCACUGCAGCUAGGAGAGGGCUCCUACUACCUGACGACUACGUAUGGAGUGUUGGAGCACAUAAAGAACUAUGAGAAGCAGGUGGUGACACGGCAGCUCAGUCUGGAGAUCCAGAACUCUAUCCACCGCUGGGAGAAGAGACGCACCCUGAACAAAGCCAGCGUGUCACGUUCAUGUGUUCAGGACUUCAUCAACGUGUCAUUCCUGGAGGCGGGGUGCAACACUAAGACCCUGAGGGUCCGCCCCAACACCACAGCUCAGGACCUGUGUGCCCAGUGUGCUGACAAGUUUGAGGUGGCAGAGCCAGAGUCCUACAGCCUGAGUGUGCUGGUGGAGGGCCACCACCAACUCCUGGCCCCUGAGGAGUUCCCCCUCCCCAUCAAGUCCAGUCUCCACCACAGUCAGCCCCUCAAGGAGUACUGCUUUGUCUACCGGCCUGGAAGGACAGAGUCAGAAGGACAGGAGGCAGAAUCCCAGGAGGCAGAAUCCCAGGAGGCAGAAUCCCAGGAGGCAGAAGGACAGGAGGCAGAAGGACAGGAGGCAGAAGGACAGAAGGUGGAGAGCAAGGAGCCAGCUCCCGCAGCCGAGCCAGAGCCUGAGAAGGAGGAGAGUCUGAUCGAGAUAUGAUGAGAUCAGUGUGCGGGUGCGUGGGUGUGUGCGUGCGUACAUGCAUGUGUGGGACAAAGGAUCAAGGAGCUGCUCAAGUGAAUACAAUGGCUUCUGCCUCAAUCAUUAUAGCCAUUUUAAAUGAGAUAUUGUUUUUUGCCUUAUACACAACCAUAUAGACAAUGUUUAGGUCUGCCCUUGACAACGUGGAUACAUUCUGAAAGAAGAGAACCUCCAUCAUCUCCUCACCUUGAUCUUCAGGUCUAAAUAUCAAAUCACACAACAGGAGACUCAAGUUUACUUUAGCUUCCAUACAGAUGUGCUCUAUCUUAAUUUGAUCUGUGUCUCACAGCAGGACAAUAAUCCUGCAGCAACAGGAAAUGUGAAUUAUUAUGUGUAUUAUAAUUAAUGGAUAUUUUUGUAGAAAAGUGACACACUUUUCAUUAGGGAAAAUCAAGUCUAAAAUGUUUAGUGGAAAUUACAAACUUUGAAAAAAAUUGAAUACACUACAAGUUUGCAUUUCCUGCUGCGCAGGAACAACAGAAUGAUCAAAUUAAGAGAGUACAUCUGUAUGGCUUCUAUUGUAAGUCAUAAGACCUACCACUGUCAACUCAUGUCGGACUGGUUCAUACUUCAGACUUUGAAUAUCAUACAGGGGAUCCACACAAGAUCACUUCAGCUUUUAUAUUACUUCUAUGAGAACUAGCGCUGUGAGUCCUGCUUCCUCUUUCUGCAAAGUUGGCCAAAGCUACAGAGAUAAAGAGGAUAUCGUCCUCCUCUAGUUUGAAAGGGCAUAAUAGGCUGUAUAAUUAAACUGUAAUGGAUCCGGAUAAGGAGUCUCUGCCUGCAUCCCAAAUGGCACAUUAUUCCCUAUGUAGUGCACUACUUUUGACCAGGGCCCAUAGUCUGGUCAAAAGUAAUGCACUAUGUAGGGAAUAGGGUGUUAUUUAGGACACAGUCCAUGUAUCCUGUCCGGACGGUGUUCAUUUUCAUAUUUAACAGAUUUGCUUCUGCCACAGUUCAGAUAGACAAUCAGCUGUUCAUUGGUUUUGUUAAUCGAAUUUAGCAUGACAAUAUCCUUGCCAAUAAUUAUGUCACUGGGUUUAUAUGUUCAAGAAAGACUCUGCGACUCUCUGUACUGUAAAUCCAUUUUUGCUGUGCUGGUUUGUAUACUCUUGUAGCUGUGCUGUGGCCACAUUACAUUGGUGUCCUGUAAGAACCUUUGAAGUCUCAUUCUAGAGGGGUUCUGCUACAAUGCCAUUCAUUUUAAGUUCAAAUCCAAGUCUACCAGGCACUGAUGGUGUACAGCUGUAAUUACAUUAUAUAGCAUUAUGGCUUUGAUACUUUUUUUCAGAUUGAUGAGUUGAUUGUUUUGUUUUUAAAAGGUGAAAUGUGAAAUGGUUUAUGUGGAUGUAUCAAGAGAUGAAACCCUGUAAAACAUUGUUUUUUUAAUCAUUUCAUAAAUUCCAAUAUUUCCCAUUUUAAAUAUUUGGGAGUAAAUAUAUUUCCUUUCUUUGUUAAAACCAUUGCCAGAACUUUAACAGAACUCUAAAAUCAAUUCAAUAUGCCUCAGUAGAUGAAAUAAUAUCCCAGUUGCUUUAACCAGCAGAAUAUCUAUUGUCAAAGUUAAUAUAUUGCCACGGCCGAAUUUCUAUAGUUCAAUGCUUCCCAUGUCUCCCCCUUCUGGAUAUUGGGAUACAGUUCAUAGUGAGGUUAUGAAAUGUUUAGUAUAUGGCAAGUUAUGGCAAAAUUAACAAACUUGCAAAGAGGGAAAGACAUAGGAGGACCCAAGUUUAAAUUGUAUUUCCAGGCACUAGCAUUUUGCCCCAUCCUAUUUGUUUAGAAAUGAUUCUUUUGCCCCCUGGCUGAGUAUAGAAAUACAUACUGUCCUGGAAGACCAAUUCUUCACUAAUAUAUCCCUUAAACCAGGGAUCAUCAACUAGACAUCUGGAUCUGGCUGAGUACAGAAAUACAUACUGCCCUGGAAGACCAAUUCUUCACUAAUAUAUCCCUUAAACCAGGGAUCAUCAACUAGACAUCUGGAUCUGGCUGAGUACAGAAAUACAUACUGCCCUGGAAGACCAAUUAUACUUCAUUACCUUCAUCAUUUCCUCCCCUUUAUAUGGCACUCUCUUGUGUUCAUUUACCAGUUGGUGUUAUUCUUGUGUACCGGUGUGUAGCUACAUGGAAUUGUCUCGUUCAUGGUUUUGUUGUUUUAUUAAAUGUUUCACCUGCACCCGC